AUGUUUCACAAGAUUUAUUAUGGAAACUAUGCUUGUAUCACUGAAGCAGCUGGUAAUUCUCGUGCCUCUUGGAAUUCUUCUUGUUGUGGUUGCAGUUGGUGUAUAUCAGUAGUGGAUAUGAUAGUAGAUGAGGUUGCGAUUGCUGUUGCGGCUGUUGCGGUUGUAGUUGUUGCAGCUGCUGCGGUUGUGAUAAUAGUUGUGAUAGCGGUUGCGGUUGUGGUUGGUCAUAUUGUUCAUAUACGAGUGUAAUUGUGGUUGCGUUGAGGAUAGUUGUGGUUGGUAAUAUUCAUAUGUUUGUGGUCGUUUGAUAUUGAUGCAAUAAGUUGAGCCCGAAUCGGUAGAUUUUAACGGUAAUC